CGUGGACGGAACAGUUUGAGGGGAAACUGGACGACUUAUCAAGGUUCGAAAUGUCGCUGCCAUGUAAUGGAUCAGGCUGAGAGAUAUUGGAGAAAGAGUGGAACGAGUCGCCCCGCCCUCUGAAGGAUAGCACCGACCCUCUCAUUAACGAUGCGAGCCUUGACUAUUGGACAGCGGCGUGCUCGCUUUGAAGGUCUUCCCCUGAUGUGAGAUAUUUGAAGUGUUGAUGGUUGAAAGGAAUGCGCGUUAAGAAGAAGAUCGGAGGGGCAGAAGGCGCCGUCUAUUUGUGUCUUCCACGAGCGUCCGCUUUCUGGGAUAUCUUUUUUUCUAUCACAUCACUCUUUCCCCCAGUCUUCUCUCCCGUCCCUCCGAGAGUAGUCUGUUGAGGUUUUUUUUUCGGCGGUGGCGACUGGUGUCCUUUUGGACAGAAUAAUAAGAGAGGGACUUGGAGCAAUGAGUAAACUAGAGAGAAUUCCAUUUUGGUUUUAGCCUGGCGAAAAGACUAUAGGCGGUUGCUUCCUUGUCUGCACUGGACGGCCCCAAGGGAUUAUUAUUUUCGCGUUUGCUUGGAUUAUAAAAACAAUACUUUGUAAGGUGUCAUCGUACUUAUGAUUUGUUUUGCUAUGGCAUAAAUGCUCUCCGAAUUACCACCACCCGGUGCCCCAGCGCGAGCCCUUCUACGACUUGCUCCAAAUGAACGAUUCUUCCUGUGGAUCUAAAACGCAUCAAAUACGCAGUCAGACACCCGAGCGCACCAACGGCGACGGCAGCGAUCAUUCCGGUGACCUCGGGCAUUUCGGGAUUAAAAGAUUCGCGAUUGCUUCGCUUUCGCCCUCGGAUCCUAAACGACAGGCACAGCGGCUGCCUAUUCGGAUUAUCAAGAUGUUGACCGCUCACUCCGGUCACUUGCUUCACCCGGAGUACCUCCAACCACUGACCUCAGCGCCAGUUAGCAUAGAGCUGGAUGCCAAAAAGAGUCCCCUGGCCUUGCUGGCCCAGACCUGUUCUCAGAUUGGCAAGCCAGACACGCCUCCGUCCACCAAGCUGGGCUCCAUCGCCGCCAGCGGCCUCGGCGACAAGGACCCGUCCGGCCGACCCUCGGGCUCGGGGCUGAAGCUCGGGGAGCCACGCCCGUCUCUGGAGGACAAGUCCAGCUUCAAGCCUUACUCCAAGGUCGGGGGGGAGUGUCGGAAGGACGGGGGCACCGCCAACGGCAACGCCGGCACGGACAAGGCGGGGUUUCGGUUGCCUGGCAACAGCGGCGCGGCGCCCUGCCCGUCCUUCCCCCCGCACGCCCUCUCGCCCGGCUCCAGGGUGGGCUCGCCCCCCCACCCCCAGCCCCAGCCACGGGGACCCACACAGUCGCCCCCGGCCCUGCAGGCCCCUCACCCCCACGGUCUGCACACGGACACCAAACCGGCGGCCGCCGACCCGGGUGGCUCGGAGAACGGCGGUGGUAGCUCGAAGAAAGAGGCAGAGGCCUGCAAGUCGACUCUGGACAGCGCCCACGCUGCCAACUCCAGCCACGCCAGGGCCAGCGCCAACUCCAGCAGCGCCAGCUCUGACUGCAGCCCGCAGCACGAGGGCAAGGCCGACUCUCUGCCCUCUCAGCCCACCCUGGUCUCUGGGCAUGUGGCGCCCGUCUCCCCCUUCAAGCCGGGCCACUCUGUCUUCCCCCUGCCCUCCUCCAGCAUGGGCUACCAUGGCUCCAUAGUGGGCGCCUACGCGGGUUACCCCUCCCCUUUCGUCUCUGGGUUGGAUCAUACCAAGUCCAGCCUGGUAGGGGGCAGUGUGGGUGUCCCCGGGAAACACCCCAGCUCCAGCCCACUCACCGGGGCCUCCCCUCCGUCCUUCAUGCAGGGCCUGUGCAGGGACCCCUACUGUUUGGCGUACCCCAACGCCCCCCACCUCGGGGGCAGCAACUGCACUUCCUGCGUCCACGACCCCUCCUCCACCCUGAAGUCGGGGUUCCCCUUGAUGUACCCCACCCACCCGCUGCACUCCCUCCAUCCCAGCUCCCUGUCGUCCAGCGCCACGCCCUCCCUGUCCCACCCGCUCUACACCUACGGCUUCAUGCUCCCCAAUGAGCCCCUCCCGCACGCCUGCAACUGGGUCUCGGCGGGGGGUCCCUGCGACAAGCGCUUCGCCACCUCCGACGAGCUGCUGUCCCACCUCCGCACGCACACCGCCCUCCCCGGCGUGGACGGCAAGCUCCUCCCCGGCUACCCCUCCUCCUCCGCCGCUGCUGCCUCCUGCCACCUCCACCUGCCCCCUCAGGGCAGCCCGGGCUCCCUCGCCAGCUCCUUCUCCCUGCGGGCCCCGCCCAGCCUGGGUCUCACCCGCUACCACCCCUACAGCAAGGUGCACCUCCCUGCCGCCCCCUCCCUGCCUGUGCACUCCCUCCCGGCCUCCUCACCCUACUACUCACCCUACGCCCUGUACGGCCAGAGGCUGGGCUCCGCCUCCGCUCUGGGGUACCCAUGAUGAACUCUGGGAGGGCGGUAGCCCCGCUGGGGUGCCGAGGGGCGGUGCUUGCAUGCUGGCCGGCUGUGCUGGGGGUACCAUAGGGCUGCAGGGAGGGUGCUCGAACCGUGCCCCGGGGAUACCACCAGUUCGGACUGGGUCACUCAUACUGGGAUGCCGCCAAGUUCUGUCUCUGCACCGGGGGGGGUCCUCGUAAUCGGAUCGGGACAACCGGUUGAUCGCAACUGGGAUACUAGAGAUCUUGGAAGGGCUUGCGGUGACUCUUGUGUUUGAGGAAGACAGGGGAGAGCUGGCGCAUGCAAAGCUCGGCUCAAAGCACGUGGGAUCAGUUUGAAGGUUUUUGCGUUUUUUUUUCUCUC